GCGCGCGGGAGGUAUUGUACUUCACCCCGCUUUGUUCCGUCGUCUGCUCACCUGGCCCUAGGUGCGUCCCGGCGGUGCAAUCCGGAGCGGGUGCCAGCCGCCGCCGCCGCCGCCAUGGUGUCCCCGGUCACUGUGGUGAAGAGCGAGGGACCCAAACUGGUACCCUUCUUUAAGGCCACCUGUGUAUAUUUUGUGCUCUGGCUACCCUCAUCCAAUCCGUCGUGGGUCAGUGCCCUUAUCAAGUGCCUACCCAUCUUCUGCCUCUGGCUUUUCCUUCUGGCCCAUGGCUUCCGAUUCCUGCUGGCCCACCCCAGUGCCUCCCUCAUCUUUGUGGGGCUCGUCUUCUCUGCUGUGGGUGAUGCCUUCCUCAUCUGGCAGGACCACGGCUACUUUGAGUAUGGUCUGCUGAUGUUUGCCGUGACACACAUACUCUAUGCUUCGGCCUUUGGCAUGCGGCCACUGGCUCUCCGGACAGGUCUGGUGAUUGCAGUGCUGUCCGGGUUGUGCUAUGCUCUGCUCUACCCAGGACUGUCAGGUGCCUUCACCUACUUGGUAGGGGUCUAUGUGGCCCUCAUCAGCUUCAUGGGCUGGAGAGCUAUGGCAGGGUUGCGACUGGUUGGGGCAGCGUGGCGAUGGACGGAGCUGGCGGCCGGCAGCGGUGCGCUGCUCUUCAUCAUCUCAGACCUGACCAUCGCUCUCAACAAGUUCUGCUUCCCUGUGCCCUACUCUCGGGCACUCAUCAUGUCUACUUACUAUGCUGCUCAGAUGCUCAUUGCCCUGUCAGCUGUCGAGAGUCGGGAGCCGGUGGAAGACUACAGACUGAGCAAGGCCAACUGAAGAAGGGGCUGGGGUCUGCUCACCUGUCUCCUGGGGCUGGAGCCCAGACUCUGGGAGUGUGCAGGAGCUGGAUCAGCCGGCACCUCCUGGGAAAGUGACAGGCGUCGAGGGGUAAGCAGGAAGCACUCCCAGGAAAGCACUCCCAGGAGAACACUGAGAGCUCAAAGAGGCAGCCUCAUACCCUCGCCUAAUUCAGAGCAGACCUCUCAGCGUCCCAUCAGGACUGUCCGAGCCCUCCUGGAAGGCGAUGGUGCUUUUUGACCCCUCAUUUUUUUUUUUCUAGUCGGAAGAAUGUGACUAUCUCUUAUGCCUAGGACCAAUUGCCAAGCUCACCCUCUUCCACCUUUUCUCUCCCAAGAUGACCCAGGACCAGAGCUUGAAGCUCCUUCCCCAGGCUCCCCACUGGGAAGAUUGGUUGAAGGUGGACCUAGUUUUCCUUUGUCUAGCCUUGUUACUUUGCCAGUCUCGGUCUUCAUGUGCUGAGCGGAUGUCUAUGAGGUAGUAAGGGGAGCUUCCUUCACAGGCCAUUCCAGAGCUCAGGCCUCAUGCCAUCACCCUUAGACUCUGUCCCCAGGCUAGGGUGAACCAUGCCAAAGGAAGGGGCUGGUCCCAGCUGUAUGUCUUUGUCCUGCUGUCUGUAAAAGGCUUAAAGGAGUGGGCCUCGGAGAGCUCCUGAGGGGUGCUUAACCUGGCUCAUGGCUGGGGGCCCUCCCCUAGCACACCAUCAGCAAUGCUUUCUUCCUGCCCUGGGAGUAAGUUCUGACAAUUUGGGGUCUCACGACCCGAGGCACAGUCAAUGCAAGGGGAGUAAGGGUGGGGUAACUCCACCCUCUACUGCCCGUAUGAAAAAAUAAAAUUAAAUUAAAACUCAA